CUAAACUUGGACCACGAGUGGCAUGAUUUAUAUGGUCACAUGCAUAUUCCUGGUGCUUGUAAAAUUUAUCUAACUUAUCUGCAGUCAUCUCUGAACGGAUCAGCUUCAAAUCUUCCAGACAGUACUGGGCGUUCUUUUGCUACAUCUUUUUCUGCUCAAUCUGGUGCAGCCUCCCCUGUUUUUCAUCACACAGGAACUAUUCAAGGGCUACAUAACCUUCAUGGGAGCUUUAAUGUUCCCAACAUGCCUGGCACACUUGCAUCUAGAAACUCUACAAUAAAUAAUGUUCCUUCUAGUUGGGUUCAACAGCCUACUGGAAGCCUUCCUAGUGGACGUUUUGCAUCAAACAAUCUCCCUGUUGCUCUUUCUCAGUUAUGUAUAUCCCAUGGAAGCUCACAUGGUCAUUCAAGGGUGACAAAUAGAGGCGGAAUGAGUGUUGUUGGUAGCCCUGGAUUUAGUAGUAGCGCAAAUGGAGUUGUUGUUGAUUAG